CUCUCUCCCUCCACUCCCCCCUCUUUCUUCCCCACUCGGCUCCUCUCCCCCCCUCGCGCCCACAGCGUUUGGUGUUGAUUCGAGCGGGAAGAGGGGGGUGGGUGGGAUUGGAGGGGAGACCAUGACCUCCAGCUACGGGCACGUUCUGGAGCGGCAACCGGCGCUGGGCGGCCGCUUGGACAGCCCGGGCAACCUCGACACCCUGCAGGCGAAAAAGAACUUCUCCGUCAGUCACCUGCUAGACCUGGAGGAAGCCGGGGACAUGGUGGCGGCACAGGCGGACGAAAGUGUGGGCGAGGCGGGCAGGAGCCUGCUGGAAUCACCGGGACUGACCAGUGGCAGCGACACCCCUCAGCAGGACAAUGAUCAACUUAACUCAGAGGAGAAGAAGAAGAGAAAGCAACGGAGAAACAGAACAACCUUCAACAGCAGCCAGCUUCAGGCCUUGGAGCGUGUCUUCGAGCGGACACAUUACCCGGAUGCUUUUGUACGAGAAGAUCUUGCGCGUCGGGUGAACCUCACUGAGGCCAGAGUGCAGGUGUGGUUUCAGAACCGAAGGGCCAAGUUUCGCCGGAACGAGAGAGCCAUGCUGGCCAAUAAAAAUGCUUCUCUCCUCAAGUCCUACUCAGGAGAUGUGACCGCGGUGGAGCAGCCCAUCGUACCUCGUCCUGCUCCUAGACCCACCGAUUAUCUCUCCUGGGGGACAGCCUCUCCGUACAGCGCCAUGGCUACUUAUUCUGCCACAUGUGCCAACAAUAGCCCUGCACAGGGUAUCAACAUGGCCAACAGCAUUGCCAACCUGAGACUGAAGGCCAAGGAAUAUAGUUUACAGAGGAACCAGGUGCCAACAGUCAACUGAGGAAAAAAUAUUAAACAGGCCUAAGAAGAAAUCAAAAACCAUAAGAAACCUAUCCUGUUCUGUCAUUUCUUCAUCUGCUGGAAAAAAUAAAAGCAAACAAACAAACAAAGCCAGGACUAAAAUAUUGGGACCAUGGCAGAGAAAAGCAGGAGAGGAACAAAAUGAAAAUUAGUUAACAGUGGUUCCUUCUUCCUCUCGGAUACCAUCACCAUUUGCUUCUGUGUGUGUUUAUUUUGUUUUCCUCCUAUCCGUGCUUUGCUAAUUAUACUCCAGGCUUCUUCAGUUAGGCUUCUUCAGCCCACCCAUUCCUAUAAUUGUAUGAAAAUAAAAUAUUCUGCAGCAGCCAAAGAUAGACACAUAUCUAUGUAUAUGUGUGUGAAGGAUUAUUCUCAGUAGCCUGUUUGACCUCAGUGCCUUACUCUGCUCCCUUCUGCGUCUCUCUAGGAGACUUUGAAAACCCAAAGUAUUUCUAAAGAAUCAGUAUUGUUGUCUCAAUGUCUCUUGGUCAUGGUAAGGUUUUUCUAUCAGUUCAGGAAAAAGAAAUGUACACAUGUUCUUGUGUCUGACCUGUCUGAUGGAUGUGGUUAGCCAUGUUUGGUGAACGCUAAGCUCUAAGAUCUAGAGCUAAUCUGUUGAUUCAAGCUCGAAGUCCUAGGUUACAGCGUCACCAUCAACACCGUCCUUCCUCUGAACAAACAAUAAACCAUCCUAAGUUAAAGAUAUUUGUUGUUUUUGAACAAUUGCUGUCACUCGCUCUUUUUUAGCUUUAGAGAUGGAAUGAAUUUUUUGUAGGAAAUUUUGGAGAAUUUUUUUUUAAGGAAAACAAAUACUGAAUUGUGAAAGGCAUAGCCUUUAUCUCUUUGGUGCCUUAGGGGUGGUCAGAUGCACAUAUAUUCUGUGUAUAUUUAUAUAUAUGUUAUAUAUAUAAAAUAUUGCAAGCUUGAGUUUGCAGUUUCUCAAACACUACAAAAGCCAACUUUACACCAUCACCGCCGUCCUUAUCCACACAGUAAUGAUCCAUUAAUGAGGUCUCUUGCUCUUUUCUAUACUCGACCAAAAUUCUCACUGAGGUCAGAUAGCAGUUUGCUAGGAAAGUGUCUGAGAACAGCUGUCUCGCUCCCCUCAGGGCUUUAGUGGGAUUCAGAACUAUAUGAUGAUAUAAGAAAUGAUUUUGAGUUUAGAGCCUAAGCUCAGGUAGAAAUUCUAUAUCAUCUGACAUAUCAUGGAAAAUAUACCCAGAAAGGAGGAGGGAUAGUUAGCUAUCUGCUCUUUCUCCUCGCCACAGAAACAUGGAAGACAAGUAGCAUGUUUUAGUGAAGUGCUUAAAGCUUUCUCUAAAUUCCCUCCCCCCAAAUUAAGGACAAUUAUACUUUUACGUUUUAGUAUUUUUGAAAUGAGGUUUAGUAUGUAGGGUGAAAGGCAGGCAGGGCAGGUAUUUCUUUGUUUCUCUUUGUUCCUGGUUAUGCUUUGUCAACUUUCCUGGUGGACUUGACCAAACCAUGUUACCAUGCUGUGUCUAGUUUACCCGUUUAUAAAAUGGGUUUACCAGUUCUUACGUACCUCACGGGUAUGUGGCAAGACUAUGUUUGUUUGUUCGCCCUCCCUCCCUCCCUCCCUCC